AUGUCCCGUCAAGGUGCUGAUGAGACGGCAGGGGAUCUCCCAGUGAGAGAUGUGGGCCUGAGAGGAGGAAUGAUGGCGGUCAUGCAAGAUACUACUCGAGAAAUGAGAAUGUUGCGGAGGCCUCAAGACAUGAAGACAAAAGAUCGCCAACGAGUUUUCACAGUGUCUCGACAACAUCUGGAGGACCAAUGUUUUCGGCUGCAGGAGGAAAAUUCUCUCUUAAAGCAACACACACGGACACUCGAGCUGAAGCUACGCAGGCUCUCUACCCAGCUGCUGCGUCUGAGGGAGGGCCGGCCCACCACUGGCACAGGCCGCGACCGGGCGACGGAGGACACCAUCCAGGAGCUGGAGAACCGCGUGGCCACCCUGGAGAGCCAGAAGACACUGCUCCAGGACAAACUGAGUCUGGCCCGCCAGCACAUACUGGACAUGGGCGGACGGGGCUUCUCUCGCGUGCCAAGAGGGGGGUUGACUGGUGAGGCAGAGGUCCUGCAAGUGCAGCGCAACAGGCUGAGCCAGCUGGAAGAGAGCAGGGGAGAUAUUGAGAGACUCAAAUCAAGCAUGCCCGAGCCUCCACCAGGGAGACUAAGUAAGCUGGAGCAGACAACACAGUCGGCCAGAGACCCAGAGGAAAAUGUAAAAGAACUCACAAGACAACAAGCAGAUGGACACAGGCUGACUAUCAGAGAGAAUGUGGACUUCAUUCGGCUACAGAAGCAGCUAUCGGACAAAUGUGCUGCCCUCCUGCUGGUACAGGAGAAGUUCAACCUUCUGCAAGAGGCCUAUGAAGCUCAGAUACAAGAGGGUGAGAAGGCUGUUCAGGAAGGCCAGAAGAGUCUGUUGGAGAGAGUGGAGGAGCUGAGCCUGCAGCUGAAAGAAGAGAAGCAGAGAGGCCAGGAGCUGGAGACAGAGCUUACCGCUGCCAGGCUCUCACUCAAGAGCAUGGAGGAGCUCAAGGAACGCGUGGCCUAUCUGGAGGAGGAACGCAAUGCCUUGAAACAGUCCUAUAACGCACUAGUGGAGAGUACUCUCAAUCAAAGUCAGAGGGAGGCCUUGCUGUCAAAGGAGAGCACGGCAGAUAAAGACUGGAUGCAGGUCUGGAAGCAAGAAACACAGGCACUGCUGGACGGGAGGUCCUCUGCUGACAUCAGAGAGAAAGAACAACUAAAAUAUGAGAGAGAGAAGAUGAAAUUGGAUAUCACCAAGCUGGAGGAUGAAAAGGAAAAAGACAGAGCUAUGGGCCAAGCUCUCCGAGACAGAAACAACCAACUGGAGAGCGAUGUUCUAAUCCACAGAAGGCAGCUGACCGCUAUGCAAGAGAGAUUGGACUCAGUGACUCAUGUAUUUGACAUGAGUGUGGAAGAGCUGAGUGAAACUCUACUCCAAAUUAAGGCUUUCAGGCUUCAGCAGGAGAGCCAAGGGGGACUGCGUGUGUUGUACUCCCAGGAUAGAGGGACAUCCUCUGACCUGAUCAACCUGCAGGCCUCCUACGCUGAGACGGUGUUUGAACUGCAGAAGACACGAGACUUGCUGCUCUUACAGCACAGGAUCAGUGCUGAUCUACAGGCAGAACUAAAAACAGUGAAACUCAGAGCUGCCACGGAGAAACAGCAGUUCCAAAAAAGAGUGACGGAGAAAGAACGAAUGCUGAAGAGCAGAAUGAGGCAAAUAAUUACACUACAAGCUCAGCUUCGAGAGCUGGUGUACAGCCCCAAAAUCUACAAACGAGCCACGCCGGCAGAACACACCUGGGUCGAGAAUGGCCGAGAAAAUGGCUCCCCGGGGGCGGAGGCCGAUCACAUGAUCUCUCAACUCCACAGAGGGGAGUCCCUACUGGAGCUGCACCUGCAGGGGGCUGCCUUCACCCCCCUCGGCCUGCGCGUCAUGGCCAAGCUGCAGGCCAGCGAAUACGGUGCGGCCUCCGACGUCACCACCUUCUGCACCUACGCGCUGCUCGACUUUGAGACCCACUCGACGCCGCUGGUGUCCGGGGUGCAGCCCAGCUACGGGUUCACGUCUCGCUAUGCCCUGACGCCCUCUGACCUGAUGAGGCUGUCUAAGCAAGGCGGCGUGGUCGUUGCGGAGCUCCACCAGAGACUGGGCGGAGUGCUCUUUGUGACGUGCGGACGCGCCGAGAUUUCCUUGCUGAACACGAUGGAGGAGAGAGGGGAGAAACUGCCCGGCACUGCACACAUCACAGGCAAGGAUGGUGAGAUCUUGGGGGUGUUGGAAUACUGGGUGAGGCUCCAUCCCCCUAAUGGAGGAGCCAGGUCCGCAGCGCCGGAGAAAUCUACAGGCAGACAGCAGCAGACCAGAGUCACCCAGCAAUCACUGCGCUGGAAAAUGGAGAUCUAUAAGCGAUCACUCAAAGUUCAGCAUGAGGAGGAGCACCAUGACAACAUCCAUGAUCACGAAACUGAAGCCAUAGAAUCUGACAGAUCGAUAUCCUCCAGUAGUAGUGAUGUCAUCAUUCAUCCACCAUCACCUACUCUGAAAAGAAAGGGGGACAAAGUUAGAGUGGAAAUACUUUCACUUUCGUUUGACCCCAACUCCCGAGUGGCCAUGGAUCAGUCUGUGCAGCGUGUUUAUGUGGAGUAUCGCCUGGUAGGGGUUCCCAUGGAAACCACAGAGACGCCAAUAUCUCUACGUAAACCCAUAGAUGGAGAGGAAGUACAUUACAAUUUCAUUAGAGUGAUCCAUGUUGACACUGCAGAGUCAGCAUCUCUACGCCACUAUCUGUACACCAUGCUGGAGGGAGUGGACCCCAACAAGGGGAGGCUUAAAUUCACUGUUGUUAGUGAGCCGACGGAUGAACGAGAGGAAUGUGUUGAUGUUGGCUACGCCUAUCUGGAUUUGAAGGAGUUGCUCUUAACUGGGAACGACAUCAUGGAGAAGCCAAUUGACAUUGUAAGCGUGAAUGAAGAGGAAGUGAUGGGACAGCUUAAGAUCUCCAUGGAGGCGGCUACGGCGCUGACGGGGAUCUACCGAGAGUACUUCAAGAGGGAAGCAAAACACAGAGGGAGGAGGGUUAAGGCACACACCUGAACCACAGCCAGGGACUGAAGUGUAGAUUUCCCCCUUUAGUCAUUAGGUUGAAUCAUCCUUCACAGCAUGAGUGGAUUAACUGUACUGGGGAAUCACUCAGUAAGGAAUCAGGAUACUCCUUUGAGAUUAUAAUCAAGUUCUUAAUAAUUAGGUCUAAUAAUACACUACCACUUGUACUAGUCCUAGUAUUUGGUUGGGCUGUUUAAGCAUUUACGGUACUAAUAUUACACAUAUUUGGGCUUGUUGAGGAGCAUUCUGUAAAUGAGCUUCUGAAUCAAGGUUGCUACACAGUUUCUUGGAGCUGAUACAAAUAGAAGUUAAAGUCAAGAACAAGGAGUUCUUGUCAGUUUUCUUUCAGGGUAUACUAGCAUUUAAGUACAUCCCAGACUAUCAUGCAAAAAGAUUAACCAACAUAAACAUUACUUGGACCUGAUUGAGAAUGAGAGGUGUGUCAAAAACGCAUUUGACAAUGUAAAUUGACUUUUAAAAAUUUUAAUCGAUACCCUUUGGUCACUGGAAGUAAUGUGUUCUGAAUUGUAUUGAUCUGUUAUUAUGUAAUGUUAUCAUUUACAAUAUAGAGCAUAACACAGUUGCCCUAACCUACAGAGGUAGAACAAAAUUAAAUCUGUGUGGCAUUCACAUUCUUACAAAAAAAUAGUUUUUCAGUAACACUUAAAAAUAUUCAGUGUUCACUCAGUGCUCACAAGAUCAGAUAAUUUACAGUACUUAUGGUUCAUGAACUGUAGGUUUCAAUUCUUCACUUCUUCACAUGCAGUAUGCAGUAUGUUUUGUUGUUUCAUAUUUGUGAAUUUUUUUGGAGUAUGUUUGUGUGAAUGAAUACAAGAACAAAUGUAAAAACUUGUUUAAAAUCUAAAUUACAUUGGUUCAUGGAGCAAGUAGUUUGAAUGGCUUUUGCACUUUUAUAGUGAGAAAUGAAGAACUGAAUAAAACAUGGACAAUGUCUUCUGUUUCCAUUUUUGCUUUAUUAGAAAUGCUCAGAAACCAGAGACAUCAUCUAACAAAGCUCUUCUAAGACUCUACCACACUACUGAGCAGGGCUGUAGUCAAGUCCACCUUUGUAGAGUCCAAGACAAGUCCGAGACCAGUACUAGUCAAGUCCGAGACAAGUCCGAGUCCAAAGAGGUUCGAGUCCGAGACAAGACCGAGUCCAAAAAGAUUCGAGUCCAAGUCAAGUCCGAGUCACAUGUCGGUCAGUGUUUGACAAUGAAAAUGAUGAAUGUCAAUAGUGUAAACCUUAGAAGAUAAGCUAUAUGGCAUGGAUGUGAAGACAAACUUGUUUGUUAUUGGAUUUCAAGCUCUACUUUACAGUCUAUGAUGGCCAGUGUUCUAAACAAAACUUAAUGACAGACCCGGCGAGUCCAAAAGCCUAAUUUGGCAAGACCAUUGUCCGAGUCCAAGACAAGUCCGAGUCCAAACAAUACAGAGUCCGAGACAAGUCCAAGUCCAUAAAAAAACGGACUUGAGACCGGACUCGGGCCGAGUCCGGACUCGAGUACUA